GAGCUCGACAUCCCCGCCCAGAGGAUCCGCGUGGCCCCGCCCCCUGCCGCACGAGGCGACGCCUGGCCUCCGCGUCUCCUUGGAAACGGGCCUCACUUCCGCUAGCGAGGGGGGCGAUGGCUGCCGGGGAGCCGGGGGACUUGGGCGGCUACUACUUCAGAUUCCUGCCUCAGAAAACCUUCCAGUGUCUGAGCACCCCGGAGACCACCAGCCGGCUCCGCCAGUGGUCCAUGCUGGGCAGAGUGGCGGCGCAGGCGUUCGGCUUCGACCAGACGUUCCAGGCGUACCGCAAGGAUGACUUCGUCAUGGUUGGUGUGAGGGCUUUCUUCAAAGACCCAGAUGUUAUACCCAAUUUGAAAUUACUUUCAGAUUCUUCUGGACAGUGGAUCACAUUAGCUGGCCACCAGCCCGUCUCUGAAGACUGGAUCCACGCGCUCCUGCUCAGACACAGUUCCUGUCUCCAGACACCCAUCGUGCCUCCCAUAAGCCCGGCUCAGGACCGGAGCGAGGCAGCAGGUCCUGGCCGGACUCCGGGGGGACAGCCGAGGAGGAAGUGGGUUACUCGCCAGUGCUACUCUUCUCAAGCUCAGGCUCCUCCUUGCGACAGAGAUGAAGCACGUUCCUCCUGUUCCAGCCUUGCGGUGACUCCGUCAGGACCUGGAACUGAAGUGAAAAAAAUUGAAGCUAUAAAUGUUCCUUGUACACAGCUUUCCAUGUCAUUUUUUAACCGGUUGUAUAAUGAAAAUAUUGUACGAGACAAUGGACAUAUUGUUAAAUGUUUGGAUUCUUUUUGUGAUCCCUUUCCUGUUUCUGAUGAGUUACGAAAAGUGCUGCUCGUGGAAGACUCUGAGAAGUAUGGCAUAUUCAGCCAACCCGACAGAGAGGAGUUUCUGUUCUGUCUUUUCAAACAUCUCUGCCUGGGCGGAGCCCUUUGCCAGUAUGAGGACGUGCUUCCCCCGUAUCUGCAGACCACCAAGCUUCUCUACAAAGAUCUUGUGAGUGUUCGGAAGAAUCCUCAGACCAAGAAAAUACAAAUUACUUCUUCCGUCUUUAAAGUCACAGCAUAUGACUCUGCUGGCAUGUGCUACCCUUCGACCAAGAGUCAUGAGCAGACCUUCUCUUACUUUAUUGUGGAUCCGAUCAAGCGUCAUGUUCAUGUUUUAUACCACUCUUACGGUGUGGGGGACAUGUCCUAGCACUGUUCUUUCAGAGUCUCUAUUUUGAUACUGUUUUAUAUACCAAUUUUUAAUUUUAAUGCCCAUUUAUAGGUAAACAUUUACUUUGCAAGUUGAUUCCAGUAAAAUACAGAAAACCUGCUUGGAGCAGAGGGAACGAAUACCAAGGUACCUUCCUGUAUGUGUAUCUGGAGCUGUAACGUAAGGACUGAAUUCUGUCCCGAACACAGUCGACACUAGUACAGUCGUGGAAUUUUUACAGCAAGUUAAAAAAACUAAAAAUCUAGUUCAUAUUUGUUGUGUUAAGAUUCAUGUAAGGUCUCAAUUUUCCAUGUGUUUUGUUUUAGAAGCCAGUUAGUUGUAGGUUGAAAUUGUGGCGGGAAACCUGAGAUCGCUCUAUUGAUCAUUAAUAUGAACGGUUCGCUUUUUAAAUCUGAGUUCAUUUCCUUACACUUCUUUAUUGCAUAGAGAUUUACAUCUCUAGGGCUGUGAAGUGCCUCACAAUUCCUUUCGUCAUUUGUCCCACUUAAGAUCCUCAAUAAAAAAGUAAUGUUGUGAAAGUCA